CAGAUAUGGGACACCGCAGGUCAGGAGCGGUUCCAGUCGUUGGGCGUAGCGUUCUAUAGGGGAGCGGACUGUUGUGUACUGGUGUUUGACGUGACGGCUCCCAACACUUUCAAGUCGUUGGACUCGUGGAGAGACGAGUUCCUCAUUCAGGCCUCACCACGAGAUCCCGAGAACUUCCCUUUCGUUGUGAUCGGAAAUAAAGUGGAUUUAGAGAACAGAGCGGUGUCGACCAAACGAGCGCAGGGCUGGUGUCAAAGCAAGAACAAUAUCCCGUACUUCGAGACCAGCGCUAAAGAGGCCAUAAACGUUGAGCAGGCCUUCCAAACGGUGGCCAAAAACGGGUUGGCACAGGAGACUGAAGUCGAGUUAUAUAACACUGACUUUCCCGACAAAAUUAAUCUAAACAAUGAAAAUAGUAAUAAUAGAAGUGACAGCUGUGCCUGUUAGGUAACCCUCCCCUCCUCCCCCUCCCCCACACCACUUCUCCGCCCCUUUAUAUCGCAUAUAAACCACACAAACACACGUUUAGCUCAAAAGCGAUUUUAACAAUUUUCAUAUGCAGUAACAAAACAAACGAAUCAGAAAUUGAUUGAAAAUUGUAAUACAAUUUGAUUAUCAGAUAUACUAUAAAAACGAUAUUUUCGUUUCGACAUUGAGUUAAAUAUUAUAUUAA